AUGAUCAUACGGUUUCUGGAGCAGCAUGGUCACAAAGUCCAAGACCGCAAGAAUUCCCGCGUAGAUUGCAUCAAUCUUUCGAAAGACACGCUCGAAACGUUCUUGAGCGAUCGUAGCAGAAGUUCUCAGAAGCCCGACAUACACGUUUUCAUCCUGCCGGACUCGAGCGCGGACAGAUAUUAUGCGCAGAUCAAGUCUCUAACGGACCGUGGGUAUCCAAUGCACUCGUUGUGCUGCCUGGCAUGGAAAGUAACCGGCGUUCAGAUGGUUCGCGUGCGCGGACAACUCGUGCCGAGACGGAAUCAAAAGGGCCUGGAAGUACGAAAUCCCCCCUUCGACUACCUAUCCAAUCUUUGCCUCAAGAUAUGCAUGAAGCUAGGCGGGGUGCCCUGGAAGCCGGAGGAGAAAUCGCUCGAAGAACUUUUCGCGAUUGACGAGGCUGCCAGGGAAGGGGAGACUCCCGAACCGCUCCAGCCGAAGUUGACUCUAGAUACCAUCAUCAUUGGCGCGGACCUGACCCAUCCUGGCUCUGCGUCAGGUCGGCCAUCCAUCGCUGCUCUCGUUGGCAGCAUCGACGACUCCUUUGCUCGAUUUCCGGGCUCCAUGAGGCUAACUCCCGCACGAGAAGAGAUUAUAUCCGCUGAAAACCUCGCAGCCAUGGUUGCGGAGCGCCUUCGGUCAUGGUCUAGAUAUAAUUCAGGCCGCUUGCCCAGCAAGAUUCUGUUCUACCGAGAUGGGGCGGAGCAUGAUGAGCAAGCAGACGCGGAUCAGAAGCUGGAGCUGACCUUUGUCGUCGUCGUCAAGCGCCACCACACGCGCUUCUUCCCCUUGACAAGUCGAGACGUGGUGGGCAGUCAAGGAUACUCGUACAACACGAACCUGAAACCCGGCUUGCUGGUUCGAGACGAGGUGACGACGCCCCGGUAUCCCAACUUCUAUCUCCAGUCGCACAAUGCGAUUCAAGGCACCGCCAGACCGGCGCAUUACGUCGUGCUUGAAAAAGCGCCGUCGCUGGAGAUGCACAAUCUGGAGAAGAUUACAAACGCUCUGUGCAACGCGUUCCCCCGCGCCACCAAGGGGGUCUCGUACUGCGCGCCCGCGUAUCUGGCCGAUAGGCUGUGUGAACGAGGAGCAACGUACCUCAGCCAGUGGGCGGGCUUGGACGACUACAUAGCGCAUUGCGACGAGCUCCGAAGGAAAGAGUACACGACGAGGGCCGAGCAGAAGGAGUGGUUCGCGAAGGUUGCCCGCUAUCUCAACGUCGUCUUCGAGGCGCGAAAGCAUUGGAUUCCAGAAACAUCGGACGGCCAAAACCCAUGGGCGGCUAUGAUGGACGACGUCAUGUUCUAUAUGUGA